UAGAGGGAAGCAAGGAAAUAUGUGAGAAGAAAGGCAAGACAUUCUUUUCUUUACUUACGGGGAAAUGUCUCCAUGCUAAGCAAACUUCUCUCGUUACCCUUCUUAAAAUCUCUCUCUCUCUAACCUUCCCGUCCAAAAUUCUCCUCCCAAGAUAACACCCAAAAGCCUUUUUUUUUGUUCGCCUUUAGCCUUCCUUUUUUUCCCUUUCUUCUCAGAAGUAAAGGAGAUGUGGCAAAGACAACCCAGUAAGUCUUCUUACAGAGAAUCUAUCAAAGCUCUUGAAGCUGAUAUACAACAUGCUAAUAAGCUGGCAGCUGCUCUCCCAAGAGACCAUGAUGGGGAGUGCGUUCAGAUGAGAUUGUCCUACAGCCCCUUUGCACCAUUCUUUCUUCUUUUCAUUGAAUGGAUGGAUUUUAGUUGUGCAGAUACCCUCCCAAGCUAUUUAGGCCUUCUCCACAUAAUUAUAUACAAGGCAUAUAUUGAUGGAAUGACAACCAUAUCUUCGCAUGAAAGGAGAGCCACUCUUAGGGAAUUCUAUGCUGUAAUAUAUCCUUUACUUCAGCAACUAGAAGGUGAGUUAGAUGAAUUGGAAGAUAGGAAUGAGAGAAGUCACUGCCUGGAUGUAUUGAACCAGAAGAAGGUGGUAGAGAGGAGGAAGGUUUCCCUCAAGGAUUCAGAAAGAGAGGAUGAAUGUAGUAUUUGUAUGGAAUCUUGUACCAGGAUGGUGUUGCCCAACUGUGGCCAUUCCAUGUGCAUCAGCUGCUUCCAUGACUGGAACAUGAGAUCUCAGUCCUGCCCUUUUUGCCGUGGUAGUUUAAAGAGAGUCAGUUGCAGAGAUUUGUGGGUCCUGACCAGGAACAGCGAUGUGAUUGACACGGCAAACCUUGCAAAGGAAAACCUCAGACGUUUCUAUCUCUAUAUCAGUACCUUGCCUCUUUUGAUGUCUGACACCAGUUUUUCCAUACAUGGGUACAUGAUUUGAUUUACAGAAUUCAAAUGUAUGAUGCUCCAAAUGGGAAGGAGCCGAUAACCCCUUGUACAUGGAAUCUUUUUUCUUUCUUACUCUGGUGACUGGUGUGCAAUUGUGCAUAAUUGAUACAGUGGAUACUUGCAAACAGGAGAAAGUUAUGAGAGGAAAUUCUUUCUAGCAAGAACAUAGACAAAUGCAGAGGCAUUUGCUGGGGAUGAGUCCAGAUCUGCUGACCACAAAAAACACUAUGCAUGACGCCCUAUAAUCUCACAACAGGAACAUACAUACAUCUCUUGUAUUAUUUAUUGUCAUCCAUGGGGAGAUGUUCUCAAUGUGCAGCGCAACUGUGGUGUCUUGUGCACAGGAUGUGGCUAGCAUUUUGUGGUCAGCAGAUCCAAGCUCUUUGCUGGGUUAAUUCUAUUUCGUAGCGUCAGAAUCUAGAAACUGGAGAAAGCAAGCU